CCUCAGAAAACCAGGGCCUGGGGGGGCCAUGUCCCUCAUCCCAUGGCUCCGGUGGAACGAGGCUCCGCCACGGCUGUUGUCUCGGAGUCCGGCUCAGAUGGUGCCGGAGACGCUCAUGGUGGAGCUGGAGGGGCAGAUGCGAGAGGCUGAGAGGCAGCAGUGGGAGCGCAGCAAUGCCGUCAGGAAGAUCUGCACCGGAGUGGACUAUAGCUGGCUGGCCAGCGCACCCCGGCCCACCUACGACCUCAGCCCCGGCGAGAGGCUGCAACUAGAGGACGUCUGCGCCAAGAUCCACCCAUCCUACUGUGGGCCCGCCAUCCUCAGGUUCCGGCAGCUGAUGGCAGAGCAGGAGCCCGAGGUGCAGGAGGUGUCCCGGCUCUUCCGCUCGGUGCUGCAGGAAGUCCUGGAGAGGAUGAAGCAGGAGGAGGAGGCGCACAAGCUGACCCGUCAGUGGAGCCUGCGGCCCCGCAGCAGCCUGGCCACCUUCAGGAGCCGCGCGCGCAUCACCCCCUUCGCCAGCGACAUCCGCACCAUCUCCCAGGACGUGGAGCGGGACGCGCCGCCGCUGCACCGGACCUGGAGCAUGCCCGAGUUCCGGGCACAAAAAGAGGACUGACCCCGCCUCUCCUGCCCGGGAGCAGAGCCACCUCUGGGGGGGUGGUGGCGGGUAGGGCAUGAUAAGCCGGGGUCAUCCCGG